UUUAGGAGAAAGGGGUCAGCUAUUCCUUUAGGAUACAUGGCAAAUAAAGCAUAUAGAGGGAAAUACUAAAUCAGACUACUAAAGCCUUGGAGCUGCGUUGGACUUGAUGCAACCUUUGAGAUACACUUCUUCAUAAAAAGCCAAGAGAUGUUUUCCACGGUGUGUGAGAGAUGAUUGAUGACUAGUGUUGGAGUUGUGGGAAAGGAGAGGCAGAUCUUAGUAUGGCAACAUAUAGUAUUGGAGUUGACCUGCUUGUGAUUGAGGAAGUCAUGGAUAAUGAUGCUGUUGUAUCAAGGGUCACUGAUGUGGAAAUGAGCUCCUGUUCCGCUGGUAGACUCACAAGGUCUGUGCAACAGAGAAAGGUGUAUGCUGAGAAUGGAGUCUGCUAGCAGGAUGACUGCAGGGCAGGACUGCCUUUACCAAAUUGUUAACAAACGUGGCCUUCUGAAAGGGGACAGUGCACCUACAGACCCUAACAACAGGCCAGGGCAGUGCCAGGACAGGGAAGGAAGGGCAACCGAUCUGCCCCUCAUCUCCAUAAACAACCUGCUGGAGGUCCCAAGCAUAACUAUGCAGGCUGAGAGGAACACCUUGGCUGGGGGCAGAACACUCUCCAAACCUCCCCAUGCCACCAUCAAAGACAAGAUCUCAAAGUGGGAAGGGAAGGAGUCUUCCCCAUCCCCAACAUUAACAACAGCUACAACUACACCCACUCAGAGUAUUGUGGAAAGAACUGACUCCUUAAUUAAGAGUGAUUCCAAACCCACCAUUGAGGACUGCGAAAGAACGAAGAACAAUGGGAAGGAGAACAUAGAGCAUAUCUCCCCAACAGUCACUACAGUUCCUAUUGGGAAAAUAACAGAAUCCCUAAAAAAGAUUGAUUCCAGACCCACCAUGGAGCACUGGAGUAGACCAGCCAGCAAGGAGACACAGCAGAACCAUGGGAAAGAUAAUGUAGAAAUGGCUGGGAAUUCGAGGACUACCUCGCCUGUGGGGCAUGUAAAGGACACUACUGUGAAAAUAACUGAAUCCCUUCAGAAGAUGGAUGUCAGACCCUCCGAGGAGCAGCAUAAAGGACACUGCAGCAGGCUGGCCAGCAGGGGAAAGCAGCAGAACUUUGGGAAAGAGAUCAUAGGAAGGGCAGGGGUUUCUCGGCCUACUGUGGAGCCUGUGAAGGAGCAGGUGAUGGGGAUGCUGAAGAAAGACAACGGUAGGAGACUGGUAGAGCAGAGAGCCGUCUUCACUCUCUUCAAGAAGCUGGAGCAGACCAUGAGGGAGGAGAACCCCAGCAAGAGUCAUCUAGAGCUACCUGGCAACUACUUCUGCCCACCUAGCAGAGAUACACAUGUAGAGGCCAAGAGAAGAGAGAUAGAAUCCAUUUUAGGGACAUUGGAUGCUGACGAGAUGUUUGGGGAGUCAAGGCAAGGUGGGCAAGAGGGACGAGACCUGCAGAAUGUGUACACAGAGCCAGGGUCACCACCCAUAAACCCGGUCCCCAAACCCCAGCGCACCUUCCAGCAACGUACCUUUCAGCACCUCUCCAAAUUUGAAGCGAGGACCCGCUCAUUACCGAGACAUGGGAAAGGGCAGAGGAAUCUGCCCCCACUGCCUUCCAUCUCCCCUCCACCUCUGUCCAACCAGCCUUCCCCCAACAUCUACAGGAGACCCAGGACAGACAGACAAAGAGAUAGAGACAACCCCAAGAGGAAAUCAUUUGAGUUUGAGGACAUUCCAUCAUGUCAUCCGCCUUAUCAUCAUUAUGAAAUUAUUACAGACUCUUCCAAGGAGAAUCCAUAUGAGGACAUUGAGGUAUCCAGUCAGUGCUCAUCACAACCUUCUCUACCUUCCUCUCCUGGGUCAGAAUGCUCCAAGAUCUCCAGGCCUGGUUUCUUCAGACAGAACUCUGGUGGGAGUUGCAGCUUCAAGCUUCCAGAUCUGCGUAAGACCAACCAUCACCGUAGUGAUAGUGGAGGAGUAGCAUCUCCCCCCCGGCUCAGCCCCCAGUCCACCCCUCACAGCGCAGAUGAGCUGCCCCACUGGCUGUCUGGAGGAGAUUCCUAUAACCACGCCUGCAGGAGGAUACCAAUGGAUGUGCUUAAAAUCAACAGUAUCUUUGAGGCUCGUGUUGGAAAGAAACAUCUGAGGAGGGUCUAUCACAUUGCUGAGACCAGCUCAGGGAGAGUCACAGAUGAAAACACUGACUCAGAAAGUGAGACAGAGGACAGGGCUAAAGCCCAUCGGCAGCGCAUGUCCUCAGUCCAGUCUAUCCUGAGCCAGCCGGGAGAGGGUCAGUACUGUAACAAACACAGCUCUCUGGACCUCACCAGGAAUCUGAAGGAGCUUCAUCAACGCCAGCUCUUUGAGUACUUUCUGGUUGUGGCGCUGCACAGCACCAAGGCUGGCGUCCACUACCUGCCGGAGGUCACACAGCACUUUCCCCUCAAGCUGGAGCGGAGCUUCAAGUUCAUGAAGGAGACAGAGGAUCAGCUAAGGAUCAUCCCCCAGUUCUGUUUCCCUGAUGCUAAGGACUUGAAGCCAGUAGAGAACUACCCCAGUGAAAUGUUCUCUUUCGUUUUGACUGGCGAAGAUGGAAGCAGGAGGUUUGGAUACUGUCGUCGUCUACUGCCCAGUGGGAAAGGAAAGCGUCUCCCUGAAGUCUACUGCAUCGUCAGCCACCUGGGAUGCUUCCACCUCUUCUCCAAGGUCCUGGAUGAGGUGGAGAGGAGGAGAGCCCUGUCUCCAGCCCUGGUCCAGCCCUUCAUGAGGGCCAUUAUGGAAGCUCCGUUCCCUGCUCCUGGCAGAACCAUCACCAUUAAAACCUUCCUGCCCGGAUCUGGUACUGAGGUAAUGGAGUUAUGUCGUCCGUCUGACUCUCGUCUGGAGCAUGUGGACUUUGAGUGUCUCUUCUCCUGUCUGAGUCUGCGUCUGCUACUCAGGGUCUUUGGUUCUCUCCUGCUGGAACGCAGGGUCAUCUUCACUGCAGACAAACUCAGUACUCUGUCUCAGUGCUGUCAUGCGGUGGUGGCUCUACUCUACCCGUUCACCUGGCAGCACACCUACAUCCCCGUACUGCCCCCUGCCAUGCUGGACAUAGUGUGUACCCCCACCCCCUUCAUCGUAGGGCUACUGUCCAGCUCCCUCCCUCAGCUCACAGAGCUACCCCUAGAGGAGGUUCUGGUGGUUGACCUUGGAAACAGUCGCUUCCUCAGACAGCUGGAUGAUGAGGACACUAUCCUGCCUUCUAAACUCCAGUCAGCCCUAGAGACAGUCCUGGAGAGGAGGAGAGAACUGGCGUCAGAGCGAGGAGGAGACGGUCCUAAUGACUCUGGCCACCUCAGCACCGUUGUGUCCGAGGCCUUUGUGCGUUUCUUUGUAGAACUCGUCAGCCACUAUCCACUCUUCAUCACCCAAAGGGAGGUUGAGGCCUCCUCCCCCAUCCCUUCUUCUUUCCAACGAGAGUCCUUCCGUAAGUCUGUCUCGUCUAAGAGUAUGAGACAGUUCCUGGAGGUAUUCAUGGAGACACAGAUGUUUGGACUGUUCAUCCAGGAGAGAGAGCACCACAGACAGGCACUGAGAGGACUGUUUGAGGUGAGGGUGCAUGAGUAUUUGGAUUCAAUUCAUGGUAAUGAGCAUCGCAGGGUUAACAAGUUCCUCAAAGGACUGGGAAAUAAAAUGAAAUUCCUGUCCAAAAAGUGAUCCCCUCUCGACCGAUAAUCUGUUAAACCAGUAGCCUACAUGCAGAUGAUGGGACUGGACACAUUAAGGACUGAAGAACGAAGAGACCAACUGACAAUGAGUUUAUUGUGACUGAGGCCAUGUCUAGACUUGACAGUUAAUGCAGUUUUUGUAUUCUGAUCAUGGAGUUCUGAUCAUGGAAUUUCAAAUAAAUAAUUACAUUGUAUUUAACCAGGGGAAAACGCUUUGAGACCUUGGUCUCAAAGGCUGGGUCUCAUUUGCACAUGUGCCCUGGUAACAAUACAGAAUCAAACAAAAACAAACACAUUUAUAUAUAUAAAAAAUACCCAGCCUUUCUCCUAAAUUGACCCAGAGACAACAGCACAUUCAAAUGAUUAUUCCACAUGAUAGGGGCCUGGUAGGAAAGGCAGAUUUACCCAACUCUACACAUGGAGUCUCCAACCCUGUGAUCUAAUGUUGUAAUCCGCACAAUGCUGUUAAGUAAAUUGGUAGUUGUAUUGAGUAAGGCUUCAUAAAUAAAAACAGAAUAAUGAAGUGACGUCUGUGUUUUUAGCUAGGUCCAACCAACAUAAUGAUAAAGGAUGCAGUGGUGAGUGUCAAAACUGUCAGAUGUUAUAAAACAAAGUGUGCUUCAAAACACUGGAAGCAGCAUUCAUGUAUUUAAUAUCACCAUAAUCUAAAACAGGAAUAAAUGUAGCCUGAAUUAUCUGUUUUCUACUAUUUAAAUGAAAGGCUGGCCCUAUUCCUAUUAAGCCCAACUUAAUUAUUAAUUUAUUGACUAACUCGUCAACAUGCUUUUUAAAAGAUAGCAUGCAUCUACACCAACAUUUAAAUGUGUCUACUGUGUCCACACUUUGUUCUGGCUGGCAUUUAUGAGGCCAGCAAACACGUUCCUCAAACGCUAGAAACAUAUUUCCUCCAACAUUAUAAUGAAAAGGGAGCAUCUCUGAACACAGACCACCUGUCUUUUCAAUCCGAUCCUCAUAUUCUGAUAGCAGAAGUCGCAUGUUAAGUGUCAAGUGUAGACAUGCCCUCAGGGACACAUGAAGCCUGCAGUGUGUACAUGAUAGACUCAACAGAGAGAAUCCUGUAUACUGGGAGACUGUAUAGCACAGCCUGUAGAGAGACUGGUAUUGUACUAUAUAGUGUACUUAUCCAGUCUAAAUGAUCCAAACUACAUUUGAGGCCACAUGAGGGCAGUAGUUCAUUUUAUUUUAACAUGUAUAAUGUAAUUGUUAUGAGUGUGUCUGAUUUGAUGAAUACAGACACUUUGCCCUGACCAUUGUUCUUGUGAAUGAGACUCUGGCCAGGAUGCAAUCAGAUUGAGCGUUAGCCAGCAUUGACGAUAUCCGCAUUCAAAUGUGUUGGAGGUGUAACUGCAGUAUGAGCUGACAUAUCCGUGAGCGGCUGAGUUCAAAACUGCACUGCGCUAGAAAGUGAAGGCUCUAUCGAUCUUCGAAAUAAUGACUCUCAAAUAUCAAACCAUUGACGUUAGGCUAAUGCAUGUUAAUUUGGAUGGGAGGGGGGGUGUAUGCCUAUCAAUAUAUAUUUUGUGUUAGAACUUGUAAAGUGGCUGUAUGGGAUUUGUCAGAUUAUAGUCAGGUGUGGAUUCAUUGCAUCCAAUGGCAGUCUGCAAUAAGGUAACGCAAUAAACUGCUUGUGGAUUUGACAGCUCUAAUGCAAUUCCACCUCAGAUACCGUCAAAACAACUCUAUGCGCAUGUCCAGCUGAUUGAAACCUGCCCUCUGACUGGAUAAUUAUUUGCGGACAAAACCAACAGCUUUUGUUUCCCUUGAAUUCCUUUGUUUAUUUCAGUGUUGUGUACAAUAAAUGUUAGUACAUUGAGGGUCUAAAAAACGGACAACUUAAAAUGUACUUUAUGAAGUUGAAGAUGCAUACUCAUUCCUAGCAUGCAUGUUCGUCAGCCUACAUAUUCAACAGGCUACCUGGGAUAAGGGAAGGUGCUGGGGAUAGGGGUUGUACUGGGCGUGUUUCUGGAGAGUAGGAGGAGAGGAGAGUCCAUGGGGUGACAGCUGAUGGAUGUCCAUACAGCUGUCGUGUUGGACCUAGACAUGAAACCCCUCCAGAGCUAAUGCGGCAUUCCUGUCAUGUUGGAAACUCUGAAAAUUCCAACUUGCUAACCUAGCAGGAAGAGUUGGUGAGUUUCCCACUUGGGAGGUACCAGAAUCAACCAAUAGGAAAUAACUUGCGUUCAUUUUAACUCAGAGGUCCUGAGUUUCCAACAUAACAUGAAUGUGGCAUAAUGCCCUGCCUUUCUGCCAUCCUAAACAAGCACAGCUUCAGUCUGCCACAUAGACGUCUUCCUGCCACCUUUAAGCCUGCUAGCUAAGUAAAGCAUUACAUAACACAGCUGCUGACUGCUGAGUAUACUGUUGUAUUGUCUCAGCCUCCGGUCUUUACCCUUUGCCCGGUGAGCCAGCCUGUAUGCCCCAAGGACAUUCCACAUCAACACAACAAACUCACAGCCACAAGUUUGCACCGUAAAGCUGUCAGAGGAUAACAAUAAAUAAUUGUACCAUCAAAUCAGACAGUGACGUCCAUUAACAUGCCUCAAACUCCUCCCAGGAUGCAAUGAAAUAUCACAAUGUUUUGAAGAAUCAUCUGUUGAAAGAAGUCUGUUGACAGAUGUUUGCCUCAUUCCAGGAUAAAAUUCUCUCUCUCUAUAGCAGCCAGGUUGCUACCUGUUUAUUCUAUCCAUGGCAACAUACCUGCAGUGCAACCACCUGUCUGUUUGUCAGCUUGUCAGUUGUGGAUUACUAACAAGGACUCCUGGUUCUUAAUGCAAUGUAGCUGACCUGUUACUGAGGGCUCAAUACAACAUUAAUACAGAUGGAAUUGGUUGUGCUGGGGUUUAGCCAUGUGUAGACAACUGGGCUACAAUAUGGUGGCCAACAUGUUGUCAUUCUCUGGCCAAAAAAACGGUCAUGCCAACAUACAGGGCGCAUAGAACAGACCAGCCCAAAACCAGGACCAAACAGUCCGGAGAAUACACACAUGAAAACCACAAUCCAACAGAGUAACAAAAAACAAUCCCGCACAAAACAAGGGCGGGACAACCUACUACAU